GGUUGGUAAAGAACCUGAGGAGGAGAAGCAGAUACUCGGCUGCUCGGAGGAGAAGGAGGAGGCUCCUUCUGUCUCCUGGUUAAUGUUUCGUCCCUCUCUCUCUCUCUCCGUCUCUCGCUCGCCCGCCCUCCUGCUGUGCCGCUUUUCAACAUCCACAGGAAUUAGUGGAGCUUUUUGGGAGAGACAAAACUGAGGAUGCUCCGCAUGGAGUGCAGCAAGAGUGGGCUACUGUAGGUGCAAAGAAGAGACUUUUUGCCGCUCUUUCAAUGUGGGCUCCAGUCCGGUCCCUCACGCCUGGCUGAAAUCCUCCAACGUCAGGACCUCCGUCAUGGCGGCCCUGCUCCUCGGGCUGCUGCUCCUAGUCUUGCAGACCCCCACCGUGCCCUCCUCAGUGGCCCUGGAUCCCGACGGGUGGCACCCGUCAACGGGCAACGGCACCGGGGUGCACCCCGACGGGACGGCGCAGCAGCUACCGCGGAUCAUCAUCAUCGGAGUCCGGAAAGGUGGCACGCGAGCGCUGAUCGAGAUGCUGAGCUUGCACAGUGCGGUGGCGGCGGCGCAGAACGAGGUGCACUUCUUCGACUGGGAGAGCCACUUCCAGAAGGGCCUGUCGUGGUACCGCAGCCAGAUGCCCUUCGCCUUCCCCCACCAGUCGACGGUGGAGAAGACCCCGGCGUACUUCACCUCCGCCAAAGUCCCGGCGCGCAUCCACCAGAUGGACCCGGGCGCCAAGCUGCUGCUCAUCCUCAGGGACCCCACGGAGCGAGUGCUGUCGGACUACACCCAGGUCUUCUACAACCGCCUGCAGAAGCACAAGCGCUACCAGCCCAUUGAGGCGCUCCUGGUGAAGGACGGCGAGAUCAACCUGGGCUACAAGGCGCUCAACCGCAGCCUGUACCACGUGCACAUGCAGAACUGGCUGCGCUACUUCCCGCUGGAGAGCGUCCACGUGGUGGACGGCGACCGCCUCAUCCGGGACCCCCUCCCCGAGAUGCAGGAGGUGGAGCGCUUCCUGGGGUUGGAGCCGCAGAUCAGCGCCUCCAACUUCUACUUCAACAAGACCAAAGGCUUCUACUGCCUGAGGGAGCACGGGCGCGAGCGCUGCUUGCACGACUCCAAGGGCCGGGCCCACCCUGGCGUGGCCCCCGUCGUCCUGCAGAAACUCUACCACUUCUUCCAGGAACCCAACAGGAAGUUCUUUGAGCUGGUGGGGCGAACGUUCAACUGGAAGUGACCCCAAAUGUAUUUUUACACGAGGGCGCCACUUUCUUUUCUACUCAGCGGUCAAAGAGCAGCUGAUUCAGCACAACUGAAGGACGUCUUUCACUUUCACUUUCUGGAGAGAGGCCACACAUUAACCUUCAAAACUUCACAAGGAUUCAUCCUGGGCUCAGAUGAUUAUUAGUAAGAGCCUACAAAAGAGAGAAGUUUGGACCGUCCAUCCAUUUCCUACCGCAAGUCCCUUUUGGGGUUACGGGGGUUGCUGUAGCCUAUCCCAGUUAUUUUUUAAGUAGCAGCAGAGUGAAAAAACAAGUUGACUUUAUAUUUGUUUGUGUUUCAUUGUGUCAGGUUCAAACACUGAUGACAUUUAUUAAUAAACAAGACAAGAAGCAAGGAAUUGAACUUUAAAAUUCAAUUUAGCUCAGUUGAGGAGAAACGCGUAGACACGUUACAGCAGGGGUCUCCAAUCUAAGGCCCGCGGGCCGGAUCCAUUUUUGGGGUCGCGGUGGUUGCUGGAGCCUAUUCCAGUUAUUUUUUUAAGUAACAGCAGAGUGAAAAAACAAGUUGACUUUAUAUUUGUUUGUGUUUCAUUGUGUCAGGUUCAAACACUGAUGGCAUUUAUUAAACAAGACAAGAAGCAAGGAAUUAAACUUUAAAAUUCAAUUUAGCUCAAUUGAGGAGAAACGCGUAGACACUGUACAGCAGUGGUCCCCAAACUAAGGCCCACCAGCGUCCAAAAUCCGUCUCGCCGGAAAUACCACGUAAAAAAUAAAAAAUAAAAAAUAAAAAUAUGUAUAUAUAUAUAUUAGGGCUGGGUAACGAUUACAAAUUUUAAUCGAAGUUAAUCGCACUAUUUCUCUGAUUAAUCGCGAUUAACUGCAUUGUAUACGCAAAGCCCAAUAAUGAAUUCAAAAGUAGUGUGUACUGCACCUUUAUUGGAAUAUUCUCCCACAUGAACAAAAGCGCCAAAACAUUUGUUGUGCAAACACAAUUUAAAUCAGUCCUUGUUAAACAGUAGCAGUUAAAUAGCAUAUUUUAUGAAAAUCAACUCAAAAAAUGUAAAUACAAACAUUUAAGCUUAUUGCCACUGCCAGGGUAUUUAAGUUAUCCUGUUUGUUAUGGAAAAUAAAUAUAAUCUACAUACAAAUCUCUGAGCCACAAUCAUAACAUCUGAACAGGCAAUUUCUGAGGUAACAGCAGAAAUAUUUUUUUUAUCAGGGAUCUUAUGUUUAAAAAAACCUAUAUGAUAGGUAGUGGGCUGUUUUAGGGAAUUUUUGAUAAAAUUAUCCUUACUAGAAAUAUUAAUAAUGUUGUGUUUAUUCUGCGUAGUGCACUUAAAAUAAUUAUGAACCUAUCUAGGAAUUGAUAUGAUGGGAAUUUUCCGAUUGUUUGCUUGGUGCUUUGAUAAACUCUACGCAUCAUAUACAUGGUACUAUAUUGUGAUGUUAUGAGCCAGGGAAAAAAAGAACUACCCUACCCAGCAUGCAACAGGAGUGACGAGCAUGCGCGGUAGCCCGGUAUAGGUUGUGUGUCGCCAUGACGGCAUCUUGUAUGUUGUGAUAUGCACGCUCUGAAAGUAAACGUUAAGAACUCAGCCAACACUCCUCGUCUGCAUUAUUCAUAAAUAGAAAGACAACACAUAUACUUCGCUGCUUCACAGAUCGCUGGAUGUAGCCGGCAAAGUAUUCCCAUGCAAGCCAACCGAUUUAGCAAGCACGCGUCAUUCAGUCCAAAACGGCUCGAUCUAUCCACAUUCAGAAUUGUCUGGCGGUCGUAAGUGAUCCCGGAGUGACCACGCUGUAAGCCAGCCAUGAAAUUUGCAGAAUUGUCCGGUAUUUUUGCCAAAUGUUCCAUCUUUACCAAGAGCCCCUCGACGCCGUCUUGUUAAGAAAAGGCGUUAACAAAAUAAAAGCAUGUAAACAUAUGCAAAUGUGCGAUAAAAUAAUUGUCGGCGUUAAUAGAUUGAUGAGUUAACUCGUAAUUAACGCAUUAAUUUGCCCACCCCUAAUAUAUAUAUAUAUAUAUAUAUAUAUAUAUAUAUAUACAUAUACACCGUAUUUCCUUGUAUUGCCACAGGGCAUAUAGUAUGCGCCUGCCUUGAAUUACUGCCGGGUCAAACUCUCUUCCCAAAAUAAUUAGCGCAUGCUUAGUAUUACCGCCUGGUCACACUUCCCCUGUAGUCAUUUUCAAAAUGGAGGAGGCUGAUUUCAAUACCGGUAAUUUGAAAUCGCAUAAAGGGAAGAAGAUUAAGAGCUAUUCAGUAGGAUUUAUGGUCCAAGCUUACAUCAGACUCAAAUUUUUACUGCAUACCUUUGUUAAGUGCCGUAGUGAGAAGAGGUUUUAGAAUAAUUACCGCAUGCUUACUUUUACCGCAUGCCUUUGGUAAGGGCAGGAGUGAGAGGAGGUUUUAAAUUAAUUAGCGCCCCGGCGGUAAUUCAAGGAAAUACGGUAAAUAUAUAUUUAUAUAUAUAUAUGUAGUUUGUUUUUUAUCUAAAAAAAUAUAUAUAUAUAUAUAUAUAUAUAUAUAUAUAUAUAUUGUUACUCUGUCUCCUUGCCUCUCAGGCAAAUCAUGUCGUCUAAAAAUGCAUUUUCCCAUCAAUAACGUGACAUCAUUGCGCUCGGAAUAUAUAUAUAUAUAUAUAUAUAUAUAUAUAUAUAUAUAUAUAUAUAUAUACAGACCGGCCCCCAGGACAAUUUUUUUUAACCCAAUGCAGCCCCAGUGUCAAAACGUUUGGGGACCCCUGCUAUACAGUGUUAUUCCACGCUCUGUCAAAAGAUUGUACGCCUCCUCUUUUAUUUGGACUUUCCCUGAUUACAUGGCAACAGCUGUUUCUAAGGGAGGGGGGUCGUAAACAGCCAUUGCCUUUGUCACAAAACAGUUCAAAGAAAAGGUACCUGGAGGGAGGUCAGGCCCUGCCUCCUCUCCACUUUGUAGAUCUCGGGUAAAGACAAAAUCUACCUGUGGAUUACAAUACAUCAAAGAAACCGACGCCUUCAUGUCGCUUCCUAUCGUACACAGUGGAGUUUUACAAGCAUUCUGCUUGGUAGGAUCAAAGACAGCUUUUGUCUUCUCGCUGGGCGAGCUGAACUCAAUGUAACACAAAGUUUUGUGAUAACUUAAGAUACAAUUAUUCUGACACAUUGUAUCCAUUAAACCACAUCCAAUUGUAGUUACAAUCCGCAAAGUAUGUAAAAAUACGUCUAAACCUCACAAAAUGCCACAAAUUCAGUCGGCCAUUUUGAAUAUUCGUGAAUACCUUCAGUAAUAUCCGUAGAUUCUACGUCAGUGCAGUAACACUUCUGCACUCUGACCAUAUUAUUAGGGCAGUCAUACCGGAAAUAUUGGAAUGAGAUGUGUCGUUUAUCAUUCACAAUCCUUAUGUGAGACAACAACAAAUAUGAUUGGCUUUUUUUAUGCAUUCUAAAUAGAGAUGUCCGAUAAUGGCUUUUUUUUGCUGAUAUUCCGAUAUUGUCCAACUCUUAAUUACCGAUACCGAUAUCAAUCAAUCAAUCAUCAAUCAAUGUUUAUUUAUAUAGCCCCAAAUCACAAAUGUCUCAAAGGACUGCACAAAUCAUUACGACUACAACAUCCCCGGAAGAACCCACAACCCAUAUCAACCGAUACCGAUACAUACAGUUGUGGAAUUAACACAUUAUUAUACCUAAUUUUUUUGUGAUGCCCCGCUGGAUGCAUUAAACAAUGUAACAAGGUUUUCCAAAAUAAAUCAACUCAAGUUAUGGGGAAAAAAAUGCCAACAUGGCACGGCCAUAUUUUUAUUAUUGAAGUCACAAAGUGCUUUUUUUUUUUAACAUGCCUCAAAACAGCAGCUUGGAAUUUGGGACAUGCUGUCCCUGAGAGAGCAUGAGGAGGUUGAAGUGGGCGGGGUCUGGUGGUAGCAGGGGUGUAUAUUGUAGCGUCCCGGAAGAGUCUGUGCUGCAAGGGGUUCUGGGUAUUUAUUCUGUUGUGGUUAUGUUGUGUUACGGUGCGGAUGUUCUCCCAAAAUGUGUUUGUCAUUCUUGUUUGGUGUGGGUUCACAGUGUAUUUGUAACAGUGUUAACGUUGUUUAUACGACCACCCUCAGUGUGACCUGUAUGGCUAAUGACCAAGUAUGCGUUGCAUUCACUUUUGUGUGUGAAAAGCCAUAGGUAAUAUGUGAUUGGGCCGGCACACGAAGGCAGUGCCUUUAAGGCACGCCCCCAAUAUUGUUGUCUGGGUGGAAAUCGGGAGAAAUUCGUGAGAAUGGUCACCCCAGGAGAUUUUUGGGAGGGGCACUGAAAUUCGGGAGGGUUGACAAAUAUUACUGGGAGACGCAAAUGCUCUGUACUUCUCCAUAUGUCCGUGUACCACUCUGUAGAGCGGCGUUUUAAAAAGUCAUAAAUUUUACUUUUACAAACCGAUACCAAUAAUUUCAGAUUUUACAUUUUAAAGCAUUUCAUAAUAUCGGCAGUCCGAUAUUAUCGGACAUCUCUAAUUCUAAAUGGUAAAUAAAUAGCUAACAAUUGAGUGAACAGAUGGAGGGUCCUCUGUUGUACUUAUUAUCCUCUGCAUGUUGUGACCAGAAAAUGAACCUAAUGUGAGUGAUAUUGUUAUUAUAAGUGCAAACGCAGACGGACUAUUUUAGGGGCGCGUUGAUAGCAGUUAGCUCAUGCUGUUGUUGACGCACUGGUCUCAAACUUGCUCAAAAUAAAUUUCUAGAUAAUAAUUCAUGCGUCUCUCACCUGCUAGUUGACAAAUUUGGCCAUGGACCGACAGGCUGGUCCACUUUCGCAUCCCCGAGACGACAAAAUAAACCCUACAAGACGCUUCCUGCGGGAACGUUUUUUGUUUAACCCUUUGUGAGGAUUGCGAUUAAAUCUUCAUCUCAACGGGAUUAUGUGAUCGCCACAUCAGUCGGCAUCCCGGCGAGGUCGGAAAUAUAACAAUAAGUGUUUAUUUUAUUAUAGUUUACUAAGUUUAGUUUGUAAUGUUUAGCACCGAGCAAUGCUGCUAAUGCUACAGUGUCACAAUAAAGCUACAUCCGACUUCUAAAACAUAUUGCUCAUCUUCUUUGUGUUCGGGCUCAAAAAUCUAAGUUUCUGGAUCAUCAUUUUUCCAACGUGAUCAUCAAAGUCUGCUUGAUUAGCAUUGUUGUUGAUGGGGAAGGGAUCUGUGGUUCCUCCUUUACGUCACGGAUCACGUGACUGGCUUCCUCAUUAUCUCUCAAAAUGGCUCGGGAAUCUCUGUGAGAUUGAUACUAUUUUGAUCAUAUCGAUGUACUCACAAACUUUGGAAGUCUUUUGGUGUCGUAAAUAAUCUAGACAUAAAUGUAACGUAUACAUAUUUAAACAUGUAUAGAUUAUGUUAAAAACAUUUAUUUUAUUGCAUUAUGUUAAGUAAUUGUACUUUGUUAUACUGUUAUGUAUAUAUAUACAUUAUAUAUAUAUAUAUAUAUAUAUAUAUAUAUAUAUAUAUAUAUAUAUAUAUAUAUAUAUACAUGUAUAUAUAUAUACAUGUAUGUAUGUAUGUAUGUGUGUGUGUUUGAUAAUUGCUUCAAUAUACAAGCAACUUGUUUUUCCACUUUUCUGCUACUUUAAAUUUGUUGGAUUUUUUGAAAAAAAAAUAUUUAAAGGAUUCUGGUACAAUAAUAAUAAUACUGACUACAACUAUUCUUACUAUUGUUAAUGAUUCCCUUUGCCCUACUGCGCUGUUAUUUUCAAAUUUUGGGAUAUUUACACAUGAUUUCACAAAACAAACCACGGGUGUCCAAAUUUCUCCCCUGAAAAAAUAAAAAAACACGGGGGACGUUUUGAUAUUUUUAUUUUUCAAAACCAACACAAUAUUUAGAUUUGUUUUUAAACAUUCAGGGUUCCCCUCAGGUUUUGGUUCCGGGGACCCCAAAAAUUUAAAAAAUAAGACUUAUAAAAAUAAAAUAUUUGUCAAUGCUUAAAUCAUAUAUUUGUCAAAGUCUACUUGUUUUAAAUAUUUUGUAUGCCUUUUGUUUUAUUAAGAAAACCAUGUUUUCUGUAGAAAAAAAACAAAAAAUAUGCAACAUUUUCCCCAAAAUAUAUUUCAAAGUAGAAAAUGUUUUACAAAGGUCAAUAAUUUGUAACAACAAUAAUUUUGAUUCAUUAUUAUUAUUUUAGUUUGUUUUAAUUCUUAGUGACCCAAAAGGUCAAAAAAAUAUACAUACAUCAUUUUUUUACUUUCAACAUUUUAACCUCAAAAAUCAACUUCGGAUCUAUCCGUCAAUUAUGAGUUUUUAUUUUUGUUUGUUUGUUAGUUUUAUGCCCUUUUCGUUAUACAAACACACAACAUAUGCAAUUAAUUCCCCAAAAAUAUUUCAGAGUGGAAUAUAUAAUAUGAAGGAAAUGGAACCUUGAAUAGGUCAAUAAAUAACAACAAUGAUUUUGAUUAAUUGUUAUUUUUUGAGCAAUGAUAGUUUUUAAGAAAAAAAACCCCGUCUGCACAGCAGCUUUGUGUUAUCAGAGGCAACACUGCAAAUUUCCCCUGUUUGUUCUUUUAUGCCAUUUUUUUUUUGUGAUAGUAUUUUCAGUAUGUGCCAGGGGCGUUGCAGAAUUGGGCCUUGGGCCGCACUUUGAACUGCACUAAACACAGAAUAUUUGCCAUGUGUGUGGGAUGCAAUAUUUGUCAAUUUAAAAUGCACACAAACAGUCAAUGAUGUGUACCAAACUCUCCUGUCCUGUCUGUAAACAGAUGUAUUUCUAUGCUGAAGAAUUAACUAUAUUAAAAUAUAUAUAUUAUUUUCAGAA